GGCAUAUAGCACGCGAAUCAAAGCUUCAUCGCUGCCAGGUUCGCGUGUAGGUUGUUCUAAGGCGACAAUGCCGGAGGUAGGCGAAGCGAGGCCGAUCGCCAGAUGCUUGGAUGGAAUUUUGGACAUGGUCAGAGACAAAUAGAGUUCUUGAGUAAUAUCUGCUACGGAGAGCGGUUACCUGGACGAAGGUUGAAGUUUGACCGUGUUUAUAAAGGUCUCCGAGCCAGCUCCGAGCCAUCGGUUGACUCUGUCCCAGUCUGUCCCUGAUGACUGCUGCCACCCGACGAAGCCCCUAGAUGGUUGCAGCAAUAGAUUAAAAACGCGUCUCACAUGUUGAUACGUGCAGAAUCUGAAGAUUCAUGUACACUAUAACUCAGCAAACGCCAUUUUUUAUGUCAUCCUGACCCGACUCGGCUAACCAUAUAUGUAGAUUCUGCUCAACGGAUGGAACCUGUUGGGAGUCUGAGCGAACGCUCCGGCAUAUGAGCUUCAAAUCCAUAGCAAGUACUACAGUACUAUACAAGACGGAGGUAAAAGACAAGAAGUGUGGCAUAGACGAUCAAUCCGCUUCAUGAAGCGCCAUCAAAGAUCUUGAUUCCAGCUCACCAGGCCUCAGGAUGCCUCACUGGUGCACCUGGUAUGCAUGCUCGCAUCCCGUGAAGAGAUGUCCCUAGAUGCCAUCGAUCCAAAUGUAGAACUCAACGUAUCUUUUCAUCCACCCUUGGCGUUACAAAGGAGAGGAUGGGUAUUUGAUAUAAUGCGGCGAGAACGUGUCUCUGAAGUUCUGGAUAUUGGUUGUGGUGAAGGUGAACUCAUAGCAUGUUUAUGCAAUCCUCCUCCCUGGCUUCGUCCGCCACCCGCAUCUCUCUUGCCGCCCACAAGUCCUUUAGCUACAUUGCCAACCCCUCAUGAGGUCGACUGUGACGGUUCCCCGAUGAACAAUAACUCAGACGCUGAUGAUUACCUAUAUAUCAAUAAGAUCUACGCCUUGGACAUCUCUUCUUCAGACCUGGAGUACGCCAUUACAGAGACCGCCCCACGUCCAGAACCAGAAGCAGGAUCCUGGCAACGCUACACUCCGCGUUGGGGAAAUCUUGAUAUUGACCUAUGGGAAGGCAGUCUAGACGUGUUUAACCCAGAGUUUGUCGGUAUUGAAUGUGUAGUGUCAACCGAAGUCAUUGAACACCUGCCUGAGGAUAUUUUGGAUGAGUUCGCGCCGGUAAUCCUUGGAUUGUACCAUCCACGCUUACUUCUGAUCACGACACCGUCGUUCACAUUCAAUGAGCGGUUUGUCGCACCUAAUGCACCUCCAGGGACCAGAAGAGGGUACCAUGACCCUACGAAGCGCACGGACAGGAUCUUCAGACAUCAUGAUCAUAAAUUCGAAUGGACAAUACAAGAGUUCACACAGUGGUGCCGAAAGGUAGCUCAGGAAUGGGGUUACGAUGUUGACAUCGACGGGGUUGGGAAAGCACUCGAGCCAGAUCCAUGGGGUCGGGAUGAGGAGCUAGGUUUCGCAAGCCAGGUCGCAGCGUUCACAAGACGGGAGGGUGAAGAGGACGCCGGCAUCAGAGAGCAACGUUGCAAAGAGCUUGGCUUGCUUCAACGCAUGAGGGAUCGGGUGCAGCACAAAUUAUGCACGCAGCACCGUCACCUAGCACACCCCACAAGCAAGAAGCCUGGUACGCUAAUUACUAUUGGAGAUGCGGUAAAAGCAAAGAUACAGUACUUCCAGGAAGCCAGAGUGGUUUUGCGUCAAUUCUGGUUUGAGAACGACAUCAGUACAUUAUGUGGAGGGUGGGUUGAACUGCUAGUUGCCGCGAUACAGGAGCAUCCGGAUUUGCGCUUGGAGAAAUCUCAGUCGGAAUCAAGAUGGUUCGUUGAGCUUCCGGGAUUCGUUCCAGGCAAACAGGACGUAUGGGAAGAGGUAGAGAGAGAAUCAAGUAUUCCGGGGAGCAUACCCAGCGAAAGUUCCCAAUGGAACGAGGAGGAAAGUAGUUGGAAUGACCAGGUGGGGAACUGGGACGCUGAAGACAAAUCUUUUGAAGAGGCCGAACACGGUUGGGAUUCAGCGCCACAAGACCUUGUGAAGUCGCAGGGAGGAUGGGGAACUCCAAACGAGGCCACGCCGAACCACUUGAGCUGGGGCUAUCACACAGAUGGUUGGGUCUAGCGUGUCCGGGUAGUAGAAAGUCCAUGGAUUAUAGCUAAAUAUAUUACGACACUGGCUUACCAUUAAUAGCGACAUUUUAGAACAGAGAAUUUGAACUCACA